UCAACAGCAUAUAUUAACAGUUAAAGCUCACAAUUUACAGUUAAGAGACGACUUGGUACAUAUCAACAUCAUACAUACAUCUUCUGAUCUAACCGCCGAAAGAUGGCAGGGGAACAAACACAAACUUUGUACCACCACACAACUAAGGAAGGAGCUAAUGGGAUAUUGAAAUCAGGACAUAUCAAAGAAUCGACUGAUAUGAAGAUUGGUGCCGUAUAUGGUCCAGGUGUCUACAUGACCAGUUAUGGUCCGGAGAAAAGCCAGGAAGAAAUAGCUUUGAAUAAUUACGGAAACCAAAAAGGUAUCGCAAUUAAAAUAUUGCAAGCGGGCAAGACGGACGCGAUUAUAGCCAUUGACAUACCAAUAAGUCAGGUUGACAAGGUGAAUUCGAUUCGUGACAUUUAUAUAGCAAACGGAAAUGUCACACUGAGAGACAAGAAAUACUCUUUAUAUGUCCGAGAUGUUUGUGGAAAUGCUAUAAUUCGAUUACAAUGUAACUCUCACUUGUCAUCAAGAAGUUCUAAUGAUGUGCUUUGAAAUUUAUGCAAUAUAUAAUAUUAGAACCUAAAAACUUGUCAUUGUUAUUACUGAUUAUGUACGUAUUGUUCUGUAUUGGUAUACUGGUCGUCAGAAAUGCAUUGGUAAUUUUCCGGAUAUAUGUGCUGUGCCAAAUUGUUAAAAUUAGUUUAUACCUGAUUCCGAAUUUUAGUCGUGCCGAAUUUGGAUUUUGUUUUAGUUGUAUGCGUUGCAAUAAAUGAAAGAUGGCCAUCUUAAACUUUCAGCUUGUGCUUUUCUAUCCCCCCUCUCUCAUAGGUGAUGUUCUUUGUGACUACGUGGUCCUACUUUCGUUUCCAUUAAAAUCGCUCUUCGCACCAUGAAAUGACAACUGUUAUUUAAGGAGUCUAGAUUGCAAGGAUUGAAUUAAUCAUUCUUAAACCGAGUGUUCGUUUUCACAUUCUACCAGGAUCGAAAAUGUCCAGCCAUAAAACAUUUAUCAAUAAUUAUGUUCCUCGUGUUCAUUUGUGGUAAUUUUCCGGAUAUUAUAUACUGUGCCAAAUUUAUUAUAAUUAGUUUAUACCUGAUUCCGAUUUUUUAGUCGUGCCGAAUUUGGUUUUUGUUUUAGUUGUAUGCGAUGCAAUAAAUCAAAGAUG